AGAUCAUACGAUGCUCGAAAUGCGCAAGUAGAACACACUGUGUCUACUGACUCGAUGAUUGCAUAAUUUCGUCUCGUAAAUAAACAUGCUUCCUCAAAGAGUAUUGAGUAAAUGAUAACGCAUAUUUGAUAGUCACGAGCAUUGUAGUCUCGCGAGCAAUCGUGCGUUUCCUCUUCAAGCGGAUUGGAUAGACAUCAGCUGAUGGCUCUCCCUUGGCGACUAUUGACGGUCGCACGACUGAUAAAUAUUCGAGUGAGUUUACGUUUGCAGGUGAAAAAUUCCAAGUGAUAGAUUCCAGGUGAAUAAGCGCGAAGUGACUCGCCAAAACUUUAAACGCACUGCCACGUGCCAACAUCGAACGUCAACAAGCCGCGAGUCGGAUUGAACUCUGGCACUCUGCCAACAUAAUCAGAGACCUAAAUACAACGAGUCGAUUGCAUUUGGAGCCGAUGGGCGAUCGUGAAGCUGAGAGAUCGCAUGGUCCGAUAUGCCGCUUCUUGUUCACCAGCACAGUUCAUUCUGGCAAAGUGGUGCCCUUUAAACUGUCAGACAUCGGCGAAGGGAUUCGGGAUGUCACCGUGAAAGAAUGGUUCGUGAAACCGGGUGACCGGGUGAGCCAGUUUGACGACAUCUGCGAAGUGCAGAGUGACAAGGCAUCGGUGACGAUCACGAGUCGCUACGAUGGCCUCGUCAAGACGCUGCACUUCAACGUGAACGACGUCGCCAUGGUCGGGACAGCGUUGCUGGAUAUCGAGGUAGAGGACGAUUCAAAGGAUGCCGAGAAGGAUUUAGAAGGAAUUAAAGAGGCCAAGAAAGAUUUGGAAGAAAUUAAAGAGGCCAACAAGGACCAAGCGGUUGACGGUUCCGACAAGAAGAAGGAGACAGACGAGACGGAGUCGCAGGAUGAUAUCCUUGGGAAAAUAUUGGCGACCCCGGCGGUGAGGAAAAUUGCCAUGGAGAACAAUAUAAAGCUGAAGGAUGUGGCAGCGACCGGCAAAGAUGGUAGGGUGCUCAAGGAGGAUAUACUGGCUCAUCUGCGGAAGAUUUCCGCGACUCCGGAUGUUCGGACGAAAGUUUUUCCGGGGAAGGACAUGGCGGGGAAGACGGUAGAACUGAAAGGAUAUACUAAACACAUGUGGAAAACCAUGACGAGGUCUCUGAGUAUACCACAUUUCGUCUACAGCGACGAGUGCAACGUGGACCAGGUGAUACAGUGUCGAAACAAGGUGAAGAACUCGUUGAAGGACGAGGGUGUCUCUCUGAGUCUUAUGCCGUUUUUCGUGAAGGCGGCCUCGCGAGCACUAGAACGUUGUCCCGAAUUGAAUGCCUGGUUGAACGAAGAGGACAAGACGUUGCGAAUCCUGGACAGUCACAAUAUCGGCGUGGCCAUGGAUACAUCGGAGGGCCUGGUGGUGCCCAACAUCAAGAAUGUGCAGAAUCUCAGUGUUCUCGCGAUCGCGCGAGAGCUCAACAGACUCCAGGAGCUCGGCAGAAAGUCGUCGAUACCGCUCGACGAUUUGGUUGGCACAACGUUUACGUUAUCAAACAUAGGCACGAUCGGUGGAACGUACACGAAACCGGUGAUCCUGCCGCCGCAGAUAAUAAUCGGAGCUUUUGGAAGGGCGCAGAAGGUGCCACGAUUCGACGACGAUGGAAAGGUGGUUCCGGCCCAAAUAAUGUCCAUCAGCUGGGCAGCGGAUCAUCGCGUUGUCGACGGUGUCACGAUGGCAAAAUUCUCCAAUCUGUGGAAGCAUUACGUGGAGAAUCCGGUGCAUCUGCUGAUCGGCGCAUGAUGAGGGAUCUAGUCUCGGAGUCUCGCUUGAAAAACUCGACGACGUGUUUCUCGGAUGCCGUUCUUACGUUCUUCUAAUGUCAUUUUACGAUAAGGUGUUUAGAAUAAAAAUAUAACUGCAAAUAAAGAAAAAAGUGCUAAGCUUUUGCUAACUUUUUUGUAAAGAAAUGAAAUUCCUCCUAGGAAUUUAGGAAUAAUGGUGAGGAUCUUUUCGAUUUUCCAUGCAAAUUUACUCGAGAGAUCGCGAGCGUAAGAGAAUCGAGGAUACUUUUGUAAAAGUAUCACGUCACUCGAGCACGAUACUUAAGAUUCGAUCAGAAGAGACUUAAGGGCGUAUCGUAAAACUGAAGCUUUUACGACGGGAUGCGACAUUGCAUAUGCAACGAUCCGAGAAAAAGGAGGAGGAGCCACUCGGCCACUUUUUCGAAUAAUUAAUGUUGUUACGAUUUCUUGAUGCAAAGUAAUAACAUCGUAAGAUGAAUCGCGUUUAAAUCGCUUUGUACGUAAAUAUUAAUUUAUUUAUUGCUGCACAACCAACUAGGACUUCUCGUUAAAGAUCAGACAUCUUUCA